AUGGCUUUAGCGAACGCGGCGCCGACUCCGGCACCAGAAGCCUAUGGCUAUAAACGUGACGCGGAACCAGAAGCCUAUGGAUACAAACGUGACGCGGAACCAGAAGCCUAUGGAUACAAACGUGACGCGGAACCAGAAGCCUAUGGAUACAAACGUGACGCAGAACCAGAAGCCUAUGGCUAUAAACGUGAAGCCUAUGGAUACAAACGUGACGCAGAACCAGAAGCGUAUGGCUAUAAACGUGAAGCCUAUGGAUAUAAGCGUGACGCAGAACCAGAAGCCUAUGGAUAUAAACGUGAAGCCUAUGGAUAUAAGCGUGACGCAGAACCAGAAGCCUAUGGAUAUAAACGUGAAGCCUAUGGAUAUAAGCGUGACGCAGAACCAGAAGCGUAUGGCUAUAAACGUGACGCAGAAGCGUAUGGCUAUUAA